AUGGAAGAAAAUCCCGAUGAAACUGAGUCCAAGAUGAAUAAAAAUUAUGAGAUAGAUUUUGGUGAAGAUGACCAAGAAGAAGAAGAAGAAGAAGAAGAUGAGGAAGAGGAGAUAGAAGGUGUAGAGGGAAAGCAGGAGCAAGAACGAGAAAAGGCAGAGUUCCAUGCCUUUUCCACCUCUAUUCAAUGCUCCUUGGAAGAGCAAAAACUCGCAAUGGCCCGUGCAGAGCCAUCAAUCUCUGCAUCUGCCUUGGAUGAUGUUCGAGCAUCCAUUGCGGCUUUGAAAGCUGAGCCUUUGACAAAUGCUAAACUACUCGAACAAUAA